UUCUGCUCCUCCCUCCUUCGCACAAACUUUCCCGUCGCUCUUGCGCUGUUCCCGGCUCCCUCUACUCCGUGCGCGGCGGAUUCCUCAGCCAGCCAGCCGCGCCUCCCCGGCCCGCCGCCUUCCUGCUACCCUGUCACCCUUUUGCCGAACCGAACCAAAGCCUCUGCUAGCCGUAUCAGCGGGACCGCCACCCACCCAGCCUCCCUCCCCCCCGGACGAAAUUGACGAGUUGCCAUUUGGGGCUCAGGGUCGGAGCCCAGAGCAGCCAUCACAAUAGCGUCCAACAGCUGGAACGCCAGCGGCAGCCCCGGGGAGGGGCGAGAAGAUGGACAGGAAGGGAUGGAUAAGAGUCUGGACAAUGAUGCCGAAGGAGUGUGGAGUCCAGACAUUGAACAGAGCUUCCAGGAGGCACUGGCAAUAUACCCACCCUGUGGCCGGCGCAAGAUUAUCCUCUCGGACGAGGGAAAGAUGUAUGGUCGCAAUGAAUUAAUAGCAAGGUACAUCAAGUUACGGACGGGGAAAACACGGACAAGGAAACAGGUCUCUAGCCACUUGCAGGUUCUAGCCAGACGGAAAUCUCGUGAGAUUCAGUCCAAACUGAAGGCUAUGAACUUGGAUCAGGUCUCGAAGGACAAGGCUCUGCAGAGUAUGGCUUCCAUGUCGUCUGCACAGAUUGUCUCUGCCAGUGUCCUGCAGAACAAGCUCAGCCCCCCUCCGCCACUCCCUCAGGCUGUCUUCUCUGCUGCUCCCAGGUUUUGGAGUGGGCCUAUCCCAGGACAGUCUGGACCUUCUCAGGACAUUAAACCUUUUACACAACCAGCCUACCCCAUCCAGCCACCCAUGCCUCCAUCACUAGCCAGCUACGAGCCCCUGGCUCCUCUCCCUCCUGCUGCCUCGGCUGUGCCAGUCUGGCAGGACCGUACGAUCGCCUCCACCAAGCUGCGGCUCCUGGAGUAUUCAGCAUUCAUGGAAGUGCAGCGUGACCCGGAAACGUAUAGCAAGCACCUCUUUGUGCACAUUGGGCAGACUAACCCCUCCUACAGUGACCCCCUGCUGGAGGCAGUGGACAUCCGCCAGAUCUAUGACAAGUUUCCAGAGAAGAAAGGUGGCCUGAAGGAGCUCUAUGAGAGGGGGCCUCAGAACUCCUUUUUCCUAGUGAAGUUCUGGGCGGAUCUGAACAGCACCAUUCAGGAUGGUCCUGGUGCUUUUUAUGGUGUGAGCAGUCAGUAUAGCAGUGCAGAAAACAUGACCAUCACAGUCUCCACUAAGGUGUGCUCCUUUGGGAAGCAAGUAGUCGAGAAGGUGGAGACUGAGUAUGCACGAAUGGAAAAUGGACGGUUUGUAUACCGGAUCCAUCGGUCCCCUAUGUGCGAAUAUAUGAUCAACUUUAUCCAUAAACUCAAACACCUCCCAGAAAAAUACAUGAUGAACAGCGUCCUGGAGAAUUUCACUAUCCUGCAGGUUGUUACGAAUAGAGAUACCCAGGAAACCUUGCUCUGCAUAGCCUUUGUUUUUGAGGUCUCCACCAGUGAACACGGUGCCCAGCAUCAUGUAUACAAGUUGGUCAAAGACUAGAGGCCCCCCUGGGGUAACCAGGCAAUUUGAGAGACGAGAGACGUCUUGUCAAGAGAAGCCACACAUAUAGGAUGCCUUGACGCAAGUCUUUUGAAAGCAAGCAACAACAAAAAAUGCCAAAAAGGACUGUUUCACAAUCACAGAUGUUUUCUACUUAGGAACAAUUUUUUGAACAGAAAAAAAAAUACAGGAAACCAUAAAGUUGAAGGAGUUAUAUCUGAAGGCAGCAGGGGCAGGACUGUCCCUGGGGGCUUAGGUCAUCAGUAUUUCAGGAGGCGUUGCUAAGGCCUAGUACCGCUGGAGGCCUUUCCCAGCACAAAGUACCACAAUAGCAUCUGGGGAAAUGUGACUGUCGCCCUCUUCUUAAUACCUGAAUUUGCCUGUUUUUUGUUUUGUUUUGUUUUGUUUUCUUGCUGAGAGUUGGGUUCUGUCCUCAAAACCAAAUUAGCCUGUUGUCUUUCAUCUGCAGAAAACAGUUUGUGCAGAAGCACUGAGGAUGUCUGUUCUGAGAAGUGAGGGGGAGUCAGGUGCUGCCUUGCUUAUGCAGCUGGUACCCAUUCUGCUCUGGAAACUGACAGUGAAGACUCUUCUUCAGUCUUCUGCCAGAGGCAGCACAGGGAAUUGGCAGAUGGCAUCUUGCAGUGGCACAUAUAAGAAAGUGAUUUUGUUCCCAUGGGGUCCUGGGCAUUAUCUGUUGCAGAAUCUGACCUGCCACUGCAUCUUUUGUUAUAGUGUUGGAGGGGAAAGCACCAGCAGUUAGUUGUUGCAGGAGUGUGGCAACCCUACACCCAUGUCCCAGCCAUUUGGGUCAUGCAUAGGAGUGUGGCUACAGAAUGAAUGAGUGUAUUUGUGUUAGCCCCAAUGACAAGAGGGGGCUCUUAAGUGUCUGAAAUCUAUAAAAGGUUAGAGUAUGUUUUAGGAGAAAGGAAGGAAAGGAGGGCUUAGCUGGAGAAAAGCAAUUCAGAGAGCUAUUGGUAAAACAGAAUACAGGUUGAAGAUAAGCAGGCUGGUUCUAGGUGAGCUGUGAGGUGAAAUGGUGGUUUGGAGAAAUAUUUGGGCUGGUGAAGCUUAAGGGGGAAACCCAUGGGCUUUAUAACCAGCUCUUGAUGAAGCAUUUUAUAUCUGCCAUGUCAGAAAAAAUAUGGGAAAAGCUUAGACCAAAGUUCUUGCUCUCUGGGCAUUGUUUUGGUGAGAGGUUCAUUUUCCCUUCUGCUUCUCUUUCAAUCUGCAGUAGUUACCCUAGACAGGAGGACAGGCUGUGAGUUGUCUUUCCCCUGUAUUCUAUACUUCUGUGUUAGUAUAUCCUUGUGAGGGUGGCUAGAACCAAAGCAAAAACUGAGUAAUCUGGAAGGCCAAAUCCAGGGACAUGCUGACAAGAUGGAAUGACGUACAAUCUGGGCAUACUCUUGUCAUUGCAAUACUGUUUGCAGUACUGGGGAAAGUGUCAGUGAAAGGUCUCAGUAUGAACAUGAGCCUCUGUUCCUUCAUCCUGGGGUAUAAUCCAAUGGGCCCACAACUUAAAUCGGUGCUUUUAGGAAUCCUGUUACAUGAAUAGUGCCAAGACCUCAGUGCCCUCACUGCACAUGGCACUUCCAGGGCUCUCUGGCCCAUAGGUUUUAGCUAUACUUUGUCUGUCUUAAAUGCUUAGCUUGUAGUUUUAAAUAAUAGAGGAACUAACAGAAUGUAUGGUUUGUGCCAUUUUCUACCAUUGAACUUUUCUUACCUUGUCCUUCAGCUUUUCCUUGGCUACAUUGCCCUUUUUAAAAGUUGGUUGAGUUUUUCUCUCCUCACUCACUCACUCUUUUUUUUUAAAAAAAAGCCUGGUAUAAUUCUAAUCAAACUGACCAGAUUUGUCUGCACUCAACAUUCUGUGACAAACCCAGUGGCCUUCCUGUGGAGGUCCCCCAAAACAUACCCUUGACAAAAGUGUAAGAAUGCUAUUGCCACAGGGAGGGAGAGUAUAAGGAAGAUUGCCAUGUUUAGAAGGAAUUAAAAUGUUCAGACCUGCCUGCUUCCACAAAUCCUAAUAACUGGGUGUCUGUCUGGUGUUAAAUGGAAUCUAUUCUAAGGUGCUACAAAGAGAGGCUUCGCUUCCAGAAUGAUUGUCAUAGUGGCAUCAGUAUGUGUGGAAUGCCACCUCCCCCUUAAAAAAGAAGCAAGGACAGGGAGCUGGGGAUUCAGGAUUGUAUUGGAAAGAAAAGUCUGCUAAACAGAAGAACAGUGACACUGAAGAAGCAAAACAUUGGUACAUGUUAUCAGAAUAAGAGAUUUGGGUAUAAAAGUCAGAGAUCCUCCCUUCACAUGUUUUUGUUGUUCUGAAAAAUUUAUUUCCUUGUCUUUACUUGCCGUUGUCUGCCUUAGAAGGUAGGAGAUGAGGUUAUGGAGACUGACCUUUUAAAAACAACAGUCUUGAUGCUCUUCUUUUCGCAGCUGACUUGUGCCUUGCUGUUGGGUUAGCACAUGUGUUUCAGCUACUUGGACAGUCAUCUUUGCCUGAAGGACCAGGAACAAAGGCAUUGGUUGACCCAGACUUCAAGUAGCAGACUAAGAAAGUUCCUACAAGUCUUUGGACGGUCGCUUGAAAGCAGUACACAGCCUGUUAUGCUGUGCAGCGACACCAUGAGAAUGACUGACAGAGUAGUCUCCCAACUUUUUUGAAGGACAUUUUUAAUUAAUGUAAGAUUUUCCUGUGAAGUGUUUUUAACUGAUGCCACCCAAGGACUUCUGGAAAACUCCACCAGGACAGUGAAAUGAACACUCCUCUGUAUUAUAUCAGACCCCCUGAAAUGGGAAUGGUACGUGGGGCUACUUGGUAGUACAACAAGUUACGCACAGCUUAGGAAAAGUGCCUUGUUUGCAAUGUGUGCUGCACUGCUAGAGGAUGAGCAAUGGGUGCUGGAAGUCCCAGGAAACACUUGGUAGCACAGUUCAGAUGAACAUCUCUACUGCUCCCUGCCUCCAAGAAUACGUUGAUCCUGCUGCACAGUCUUCCUGGGCAAAGCAUGCAUGAUUGUGUGUGAUUCUUCUGUGUAGCUGUUCUCUUGAGUGCCACAACAUUGUUGUGCCAGCUCAACUUUCAGGUACGUUUGGAAAUCCCUUGUGCAGAGGUACAGGAUCCUUGAAAUCAACUGACAGCUGCAGUAAUGAAAAUGGGAGGAUGCAUAGUUAGAAAGGGGGUGGGAUUUUGAAUUCCUUUUCCAUUACAGCCAAGAUCUCUGCGAUUGCAAGGAGGAGAGGGCUGGUUACUUUAUAUGUAGCAUGUUUAUUUUCAUUCCUAGAUUUAAAAACUCUGGGAGUUAGGGUUAAAACUUUUCUGUUCUCCUGAGCCCAUGUACACUAAAGAUGUCCCUUUUCUGCUAAUCAUGCCUUUUAAGAAAGGAGCCACAUGCAUGUGCGCGCGCACCACCACCACAGGGCAGACUUAAGUGUACAAAUCGGGGAGAGUAAAGCGGGACUUUAGUCUUGCCUAACACAAUUUUUCUUUAUAUAUAAACGUCUUCCUUGUAUUUUAUCCACAGUCAUCUUUGGAGAUUGUCUUGGAGUCUUUGGUAUACCCCCUCCCUUAAACUGGACUCUGCUACAUUUCUCAUUCUUUUUCACUCCGAUGUCAUAUUGUUUUUAGUUUCUGUGCAACAUGCACUUAAAUCCUACCCCCAGCCUUCCUGCUGCAGAAUCCCUUCACCCUUUGCCCCCUAGCUUACAGGCACAAAUGUACAUGUAAACCACUGCCCAUUUUAUUUUACUUUCCCAGCAAAGAAUGGCAGCAAGGCUAAGGAAAUGCCAGCUGCAUGGAUCUCUCUUAGCCGGACAUAACACAGGUACCCCAAGAGCCACUAACCAAGUUUCCCCCCACAUCCCACGUAUUUAUGAAUUUCACAUGAAGUACUGUUUUAUUUUUUUAAAGACUUUUUAAAGCUUACCAGGGUUAUGGUCACCUUUUUAGAGCUCUGUCAGUCCACAGUGUAAAACCAUUUUUAAUGUAUUAUAUAUUUUGUGUAUUUUUUUUAAUCCAGCUGUGAUGGGUUGUAUCAUAUAAUGUUGUGUUUACUGUAUGUCCAUCUUGAAAUAGAUGGGACAGUGGAGCUCCUAAAAACCUAUGGUCUGCUGAAAACCAUUAAACAUAUUUGUUCAUGGGUUGGCUGAAACACUUUUGGCAUC